AUGGAGCGUCAGUGGCAAUUCAUACCGGUGUAUCUUAGAAGGGGAGGGAUCCACCGCACAAUCUGUAAGGAAGAGAUUCUUCCUUUCCAAGAGAGUGAGCCUGUUGGUGCAGGAAGCUACGGAGAGGUAUUCAAAGUCAAAGUUAGCGCAGGCUGUAAUGAUUUCUGGGAUGGAGCCGAUGCA